AUGAGAAUCUCCCCACAAGUAUUAUUCAGCUUUAAUAAAUUCACGCGGAAUUAUUCAACUUUAACGCCAGCACACACACUUCUCAAACGUGGAGUAAAUGAGUUGCCACGUCGUCAGCCUACCAUGGAAAACAGACUUCGGACUGAGGGAAACUCAUUGGAAUCAGAAAGGCCAGAGCUUAUAAUAUUCGACAAAGACGGUACACUCAUCUGCUUCCACUCGAUCUGGAUCCCAUGGGCAAUUGAUACAGCUAAACGGUUGGAACAGUCGACUGGGAUCCAACUGUCGAGAGAGGUCUAUCAGCUACUGGGACUAUGCCCCAUUCAAGGAAAGGUCCACCCUGGACUCCUAGCAGAGGGGACGAUGGGUCAGAUUAAACAUGAAAUCGAGAAGCUACUUGUGACAAACGGGCUUGAUGACAUUCAUGAGCUCGAUGUUGUCGACAAAUGUAUCCAGGACAGUCAAACACGAUGUCCAACUACCCUUAAGGCUAUCCAUGACAUGCGGUUGUUAUUCGGUACUUUAAGGAACAAUAAUGUGAAGGUUGCGAUUUGUACUGCGGAUAAUAGGUGCAACACUAUUUCCAUGUUGCGAUGGUUCAAUGUCGAGGACAGGGUAGAUUUCGUUGUUUGUGGUGAUGAUCCAGGAUCCAAACCAAAGCCUCAUCCUCGAAAUGCUAUUUUUAUCUGUAGGACAUUGGGGGUUGCUCCUGAGAAUACUGUAAUGGUGGGAGAUACGGUGGCCGAUCUAGGCAUGGCUCGCGCUGCAGGAUUGAGAGCAGCUGUUGGCGUUCUUUCUGGAGUAGGUGGUCCGCACCAUUUGGAGUCACACGCUGACAUACUGGUUCCUCAUGUUGGCACUCUAAUAGGAAUAUUCGAUGACUUGCCGGAAAAAACAUACGAAUAUAUGUAA